CGUCACCAAGGGACAUCCCGGUGUCACCACGGGAUGUCUCGAUGCCACCACAGGACGUCCCCAUGUCACCGCAGGAUGUCCCAGUGCCAGCUCAGAACGUGUCAGUGUCAGAGCCGAUGAUGCCGGAGAUGAGCAGCUUUGGGCUGCAGAUGCCGGAUCUCCAGGUCUCGAGAGCCAGGGCAUCCCACGAUGCCAGCCGGGUGCUGUCCGGCUUGGACCAACCGCAGACCUCCACCCCGGGAGGUGUCCAGCGGCAGACGUGGGAGCAGCUGGUGGGGGAGGUGGCAUUCCAGCUCGACCGCCGCAUCCUGUCACGCGUCUUCCCGGACCACCCCCGGGUCUACGGCUUCACCGUCUCCAACAUCCCCGAGAAGAUCAUGGCGAUCAGCCUGGGCGCGGUGCCCGAGGCCGUCGCCGAGCAGUGGGCUUCCGCAGCUGUCCAGCGCUAUUUGGGCCUCAUGAGGCAGCUGCGGCCGCUGGGCUACAGCCCCAGCGUGCACCCGGCCUUCACCGAGUCGCUGAUCAACACCUACGGUAUCCGGGCAGACAGGCCUGUCCACAACCCCGGCAUCAACGUCCUGCACCAAGUCAUCACCGAGAUAGUGCCUGGCGAGGCGCGGGAAAAGGCCUUGCAGCUGCUGCACUGCUUGCACACGCUUGCACAGGAUGAUGGGCGACCACUCUUCUGUUGAGAGGCUGGGUGGGCACCAGUGCCAGCCUCACUGGGACCGGAGCCUGGC